UGACCUCCGAUAGAUCCGCUAAGUUAUGUAGGAAGUAGUUACCUAACAGACCCAUUCUAUGAUCUGCUAGGGCGGGACAAUGACAGAGGAAGUGAGUUAUACUAUCUUCUUCGUCUUCAUCAUCCUGGCAGCUACUGCAGAAGUCAUUACUGUGUAAGUUCAGUCUUCUUGCAUAGAUUCCGAAAGGCCAUUGGCCAAUUACCACAGCCGUUAAGUUCCUUAGAUUAACACUCGGAAUAUAGAAAAGGGCUUGGGACCGACAAAAGGUUCGGUACACUCUCUUUCAAGCAAUGAACCUGACUUGGCAAGAGAGUCCGCGAUUGUAUUACUAGGAAUUUGUUGAUUUCCUGGUAUCCAGUACAGUCCUAUUGUGAAAUGUUUCGCCAUCUCGUUAGGGGAUUCCCGGCAUUUUAGGACUAGGUUUGAUUUCGUGUAGACACCACUUCAGAACAUGAAUAAAAUUGAACAAAGUUAAAUGAAGAGUGGAAUGCUGGAACACUUUCGCUGUGUUCCAAAGUUUCGUCGUCCAGAUAUUUCAUCCCUCAGGAAGACUACCUCCUGGAAACUGAGUUUUGAAACAUUUAACGCUGUGUAGUGUUUCUCCACUAAUACUUUCCAUAAAAAAGAGCGCACAAUAAUCUCCAAAUGGUUUUGUCAUCAUCAUUAAGACUUUGACCUGGAACCUACUUCUGUUGUCCGUUAUACUUAGCCAGAUAGACAAUCUAUUCAAGGUUAGUAAUAUAUCAAGGUUAGUUGUGCGUCGAUAGGCAGACCUUUAAAUUGUAGGACAAAUGUCUUAUAAAGCAGUAGAAGAAAUAUCAGUGACCAACGACCUUUUAACGGUCCCAUACAAAGUUGUUGUUUCUUCCAAUUUUCAUUAUAUACACAUGAUAUACACUUCAAAAAUAAAAAAAAAAACAUCAAUUCUCUGAUGUUACACUUUUCUAACAUAUACAACCAUACUCCAAACAUAAAAUCUCAUUGAGUAUUAGAAAUUAUGGCACUGAUUACAAAACAAAUAAAAAGUACCCCAAAACGAAAAGCUCAUAUGCUUUCGAGCAUUAUUUAGAAAUCGCUGAACUGUUGGUAAGCAACAACAAGAAAUAAAGAACGACAAAAAAAAAAACUACCGCAAAAUACACUCAAAGCAAUACGGGCGGACAAUCUGUGUAUAAAACGAAUAUAACGAAUGAGGAAAUGGCUCAGUGCUAAAUUAACAAAUGCUAGAAUAACAACGGAGAGAUACAUACAAUUUUUAAAAAUACAAAUUAAUUAAAAAAUAUAUAAACAUUUAAAAACAGAAACACAAAUAUUAACGAAAAGUUAAAAGAAUAUAAAUCGUGCAGCUGAGAGUAAAAGAUCGUGUAAACUGACAAGAGGUGAUUCCCCAAUUCAAAACAAUAUUAAAAAUAUGUGUAAAUGAAUAAUACACAGCAAAAAAACAAUAACAAAAAUAACGGUUUUAAAGAAGUAUUAGUGCUGAAAAUGAAAACAAAUACGUCAUUUUAAUAUUUUACAAAUGUCAUGAUAAUAAUUAAGAAUGAAAUUAUAAAAAAAAAACAAUAACAACAAAGUGAUAUAAAAUAAAAAAGAGAGAAAAAUUACUAUUUGUUAUUGUAAACAACUACAAUAUAAACAAACUUAAUAGAGAAUAAAACCGUUAAAAUAAAACUCAGAAUGGGUGUAAGAUUUUUUGACAAGGAAAAUAUGUCGAACGGAGAUGAUUACAACAGUAGUGUCAAUGCUAGCAGCAACAACACCAACACAACACGUUCAGCAACAUGCAACUGUAAUGUCUGCAGCCAAACAAGAGCAGCAACAGCAGCAGCAACUACCACAGCUGCUACACAAACAUGUGACAAUUCCUCCACCCCCUCGGAUAAUGCUAGUAAUUUGAAUUUUCAAAAGUCUGGCAUUUUACGAGAAAUCAUAGGAAAUUGCAAAGAAGUGAGAAUCGAAGAUAACGUCCACAAUUUACGCAUAGUGGGCAAUAACAAUCGCAUACGCAUUUCCUACAACGUGGGCGACAUAACGGUCAUUGGCAAUAAUACAAGACUGAAAAUUAAAAUCAAUCAUGGCCUCAUCAAAUACACCGGAAAUGAUGGCCGCAUAUGUUUGGGUAAAGAUUCAACGGAACAGCUAGUUGACUACAGUGGUUGUAAUGGUGUUUUAAAAGUACAAAAUUCUAAGAAAAAUACUGCUGCUAGUCAAGUGAAUGUUGACGACGAUGAUGAAGAAGCUAAAAAUAAUUCCACAUCAACGGGAACUACAUUUAUAAAUGGGAAUUUUAAUAAAAAUAGCAAAAACCCUAAACAAAAAUAUGCAUUUUCCGAUAGUGAAGUCUUCAAGUGUAAAACGGAUUACCAGAAUAUGUUUAGUCGCAAGAAAUCAUUGCCCAAUAUGUCGCAUACAAAACCCAUUUUUAGGGAAAAUCAAACAGCUAAUCGUGGCCCACAAAUGCCAAAAAGUAUUAUACACAAUUUUGGUAAUAUAGUUAUAGCGAAUUCUUCGAAUAUCUGCAUAACACCCCAAACUUAUAACUACUAAAAAUGGACGCUAACUUAACUUAUAACUACAAUGUAGUUAAAUGCUACUUUUUAAUAUAAAAUAAAUUUUAUAACAAAUGUAUAAUUUAGCUAUAUCUUGCCUCAUUUCUUUUGUAAAAGAAAUAUAUCCUUCUUUUAAUGUUCCUAAUUUCUAAUUAAGUUGUUCAACUUAGAAAUUUGCUUAAAUCAAAGUAUUAAAUAUUAUAAUUAAUAUUUGUUAAUUAGUACAAUUAUUUAUAUAAAUAUUAUUUUUAGUUUAUUAUUAAAUUAUUUAUUGUUAUUAUUAAUAUGUAUG